AUGGAAUCACAAAACUAUGAAUUUGGCCAGAUGCCGUCGGCACCAAUGGUCCCUGUUACAAAUUCUCCCACAACGAAUACCAGUAUAGGUGGUCUAAACCUUACUACAGCACAACAAAGUACUAACGCUGUUUCAAUAGACUCUUUGCAGACUCAACCUCAAGUAUUGAUGCUGGAAAAUAAUCCGAAUCAGAUGGUAGUAUUAAAUACUACAACAACUUCUCACCCACGACCUCCUCAAUUAUCAACAAGUUUAACUUCUAGUGCCUCGGGAACUAUUACUACUUUAAAUUCCAUAAACGAUUCUACUCAAGAUAUAGCAAUGUUGGAACAAUUACCAGUUAUAGUUAUGAACACUACUCCUGCAACUUCAAUGGAAUCUACAAACUCUCCUCAAAUAACAAUAAGUAGCGUUUCUUCCAGCGUUUCACUGGACCCUUCUCUGAUCCACGACCCUUCAAAAAUGAUGGUUGCCUCUCAACAAGAUCAACAACAAACUCAGUUAACUCUUACUGAUGUUUCUCAAUCUGCUCCUCAAGUAGUUUUAGCUGCUCCACAAGAACCACAAUCUACUGUAGUAAAUACAACAACAUCAAAUAGACCAAUCAACUGUUUUGCCGCUGCUGUAGCUGUUCAACAAGUUGCCCAAGUUCAAGUUAUCCAACAACAACAGCCACCACCACCUCAAAAUUUAUCUAAUGAUCAAAAUCCUUCUGUUGUUUUGGUCAUAGAAAAUCCGGGUACGAAUAAUCAAACUACUACAAGUACUGUUCAAUCUGUUGUCAGUAAUGAUCCUAUGAAUCUUGUGGAAACUAUAGCUAAUGCUCAAAUGGUUGAAUCGAUGAAUUUAGUUGAACAAAACAGGCGUUUGGCCAUGGAAAUCGCUAAUAAUAAUCAAUUGGCCGCUGAUGUUAAUGCUUCUGCUAAUAUGAUCAGUCAAUCGGUAAGCAGUCAAAUGUCUAUCAGUAAUAAUCAAACUGAGCAAAUUUUAUCGUCAUCGACCCAACCACCUCCGAUGGCCGAUCUUUUGAAUACUAGUCCUAUUGUUACUACUUCUUGGAGUAUUGCACCUCCUAAUAAUGGUUCAAGUAUUGUAGUACCUUCAGCAGGUCCAAUACAUCUUAUCAAUGUUGGGGAACAUAUAGUUCACAAUACGGUGGUUGUAGAUACGAGUAUUCUUGGUAAUUCUUUACAACCAGCACAAACAUUAACAUUUGUCGCCGAAAAUCCUCAAUUGGAUAUGCAGAAUGCAGCUCAAAAAUCCUCGGUUGAUAACGUUAUCGAAUCUCCACAAAUUCAAUCACCUUCGCGUACCGUAACUCCUGACGUACAAGUUUCUCUACCUCAAGAUGACCGUUCCAAGAAAUCACCUGAAAAUGAAGUACAAUCUCAAAUUGAUAAUUCUGCUCGUAUACCUUCUCCUGUACUUAACGAUCAGAUUAAAUUGGAAUUUAAUUCCCCUCCCGAACCUUUGGAUAUUUCGAAAGAUAAUACUAAUAUUCAAGAUGAUCAAUUAUCUAAAGUUAUUUCUCAACCUUCUACAAACAUGCAAUCUGAUAUUGAUAAUGUUGAAUCUUCAAAAACUGCUGAGAUUAUUUCUACUUCAAUUAAUAAAUCUUCUAAUUUAGAAGAUUUAACUACUGAUCAACUUUACGCUAAAUUGGGACAAUACGAAUUUCCUAACUUUUCUAAAGAUCAACUUAUAGAAAAAGUUAGGUAUUACGAACAAAAUCCAAAAAAUCGUACUUCUGAAAGUAAUAAACGUUCUCGUGGUGAUUCUAUAAAAUCUAAUUAUUCUGAUGAUAUAAGCGCUACUUCAUUAGAUGAUAACGAUUCACCAAUGACUCCAAGUGACAAUGCUGAAGAUUUAAAACGUGAAUCUAAUCAAUCUGAAUCUACAAUAGCCGGUAGUUCGCAAGGUUCUCCAUCAUUAACCUCUGUAAAACCGGAAGGUCAAGAUGAAAAAUCUGAUAGUCAUCGAUGUAUGUGGAGAAGUUGUACAAAAGUACUUGAUAGUUUAGAAGCACUAAUAUCACAUGUCGGUGAUGCUCAUAUUGGUAGUGGAAAGAUGUAUAAUCAUUUAAGAACUCAUACUGGGGAAAGACCUUUUGUAUGUAGUGUAAAUGGUUGUGGUAAAAGGUUUUCAAGACCAGAUUCUCUAACGACUCACGUAAAGACGCAUUCAAAUCAUCGUCCAUACAUUUGCUCAUUCAAAGGAUGUAAUAAGGCAUAUUAUCAUUCAAGGUCUCUUAGAAAACAUGAAAAAACACAUGAUAUACGUGCUGCUCAUUCACAGCAUUCUUUACCAUCAGUUCAUUCUUCUGGAAUUUCUAUUACUAAUAAUGGAAUGCAUAUAAAUUUUACAUCACAAAAUCGCCUUUAUUCAUCUUCACAACAACAAACACAUCUAUUUCAACAAAGAUCACCUGGGUUUGAUCCUUCUUCAAAUCCAUUACCUAGUGGUCCUCGUGAUAUGAGAUCUGUACCGCCUCCUCCUCAACCUAUUCAUACUCAUCAUCUUCCACCAGUUCAUCAACUUCAUCCCCCAUCGCCCGUUGGUCCAUCACCAACAUCAAAU